AUGGCGGAUCUUGGUGGAGGUCCACGGCGGUCCACGAGAGUGAAGAUGACGGAUCUUGGUGGAGGUCCACGGCGAUCUCCGACGACUGCUGUUGUGUUGCAGAGCUUGUACGGCGGCGGCGGCGGAGCGGCUGGCUUUGCAGAUAACGGCCGCGGCGGACUCGGCGAAACACAGUGGCGACGAGCAUCGGCCUGUAACGGCAGCGGAGGGCGGCGGAGCAUUACUGUCUCUACGAGUGAAGUUGGAGAGGAUUUGAGAAAUAGUGUGGCCUCUAAUCAGGACACACUUCAGGGGGUGGAGAAAGAUAGUAGCCUAGUUGAGACUCGUCAGAGUGCAGAGAAAACUUCUAGGGGCAUUGAGGAGGGUCUUAUUCCUUGUAUCCAGGCUCCUGCUCAAGAUCCUGUGAUAAACUCAAACUUGGUUGUUUCCAACCUUGUUGAAGUGGCAAUUCAACCCUCUACUUCAGGGAAUAGAGUUAACCAGAGGAAAAACACUACCUUUUCUAGAAAGGCUAGGAAUACCAAGCAGGAUGCUUUGAAUCUAUGUUGGUAG